AUGUGUCACGGCCACCCUCGUCUCCACCCUUGCUCACACACUUCGAUCAACUGGCACUACUGCCCUUCGGCCCUGAUUGAUCUCGAAACAGGUGUAGAGACUCCUUGCUCACACCUGAGUUAUGCAACCGCCCAACCCAGCAAUGCCGACUGUCCUUUGAUCAACUGUCAUGUAACCAAGGUCCCAAUACCCAGGGCUGGUGUACAAUGCCAAAAGCCACACCAGGCCAUGGUACCUCCGCCCCUGUCAAUGAGUCUGAGACUUGUGAUCAUGGGUGCUGUGCCGAAUGCGCACGUUACCGUGGGUCUAUCAAUCCUCGAUGUACACCUGUUAACCAUUGAGCUAAACAACCGGCCUAGUCCCAACACGAGCGACCACCCCAGAUAUGGCAUUCAACACUGUGUCGCCCUCCGCAUCAGGCUCGUGUUCAAGAAGCAACAACUCUUACAAAUCGUCUACAUCCGGCAAUACCUCUUAUGGAUCUGUGACUUCAGCAAGCCGAAGCGCGGCCUACAGGGUCGAUUUGGAUCGGAUUCUUUCGUCAACGCGUUUGUCAGUGGUCACAGUCUGAGCUUGCCAGCUGUGACCGGAGGAACCUAUGAACCAGAGAAGUAUCGGUUCUAUCAUGUUUAUUUGCCCUCGACUCCGCAUCUUGGCCUUCAGCGUAUCUCUUCUGUGUCCGGGAAGAAGAAGCAGACCCUGAAGGGAGAGAGCCAUGUGAUUACACACAAUCCGCCCAUGAUUGACUUGCCCCGCCACAUUAAGUCCGGACCCGCAGUUCCCCCAAAAGCUCCCGUGAAGUGCCGCCGACGUGUCGUCUCAUCUGUCCAUCGCAUCACACGUCAGGGUCACAAUCUCAGAGAAGAAAAUCACAAGAACUACAUACUCGCCGUCAAAACUUUCUCAAUGGCCUGUGGAUCCGGCUGCUGCGGUCCUCCACAGGAACAGGCUUUCGCGAGGGACAACCCGCCUCUAGUCGCCUCGCCCCCAGAUGGAUUGGACCGCGACUAUCCUGAUGUUGUCGACACCUGCUGCGCGGUUGAGGAGAGCGAUUUGAAUGCCGUCAUUGAAGCUAAGGUGGAAGAAUGCAAGACGACCGAUCAUGGAAGAGACAAGGACUCUGGAAACACAAUCCUCCAGAACUGCUGCGCUGCGUCCAACGACGGCAGCAUUGACUCAGCACAAGUCGAAGAAGAUUGUUGCGCUCCAAAGGUCAAGGUUGGCGACUUUGCGAACGCUUGCUAUGGGUCUCAUAAUGAACAAGUUGCUGUAAUCAGCGCUAAAAGCAAUACCAUCGCCGAGUCUCCUGACGAGUCCGCAAAGAAGGUUCCUGGCGUUGGAUGCCAAUCUGAACAAGACGACCCCGCCUUCAAGUCAAUCGCGGCCUCGAUCAACACUCCCGAUUCCAAGCAGGACUCUUGUGCCCCAAAAUCCAAGAAGUGCUCUUCAGGAUGUUGUGGCUCGGCGAGGGGCAAAAGACCUACUGACAGCCCUGAGACCACAUCAAUCAAAGCAGUGGCGGGCGAAGUUAUUGCCGUGACCGAAUCUGAUGGUGAUGAACCUGUAAAGAUCUGCUCAGACGAUGGCAAAAAGGGUUGUUGCUCCUCUGGUUCUGCACCUGACGUUCGUGGAGAGAAGACACCCGGCUGUUGUGAGGGCAAGACGUCACCUUGCUGCGACUCUACUUGCAUCGAUCGCCUCGCUCUGCGCGAGUGCGCAAACGGAAAGGCUUCAAAGCUUCCGCAGACCUACCAAGCCUCCACAGACAAUAACUGCACUGGCGGCCAAGACGGCAAGGCGUGCCGAGGUCAUUCUCGAAGCGUACGUCAGAUUUAUCAGUCAAAGCUUGAUGCCUUGGGCUGUAUCUGCCGUGCACUUCUUGCUCUCGGCCAGGAAUCUUGCUGUGCUCCUCGUGAGCGCUCCUCCAUCGAAAGGAAGCGAUCUUCAAAGAAAUCCGCGUCUUUUCAUCGCACAUCGGUUGAUUCCUGCAGCGCUUCCGGGGUGGACAAAUCUGCUUCCCGUCCGGGACCAAGGAAAUGCGGCGAAAAGCCAACUCGCAGUUCAAGGUCUGGCAUCAAACCAGGUACAUGUAACGAUGGUUGCUGCUCGAAGCCCAAAACGCAGAGCAUUGUUGGAUCAUGUGCCGACUCCUGUUGCGACGAGUCGCCGUCGAGACCUAUUAACCAAUCGUUACCGCCUGAGCCGAAGAGUGUGAACGAGGAUCUUGAACAAGGCCUUGUUGGAAAAGAACACGUCGUGCUGAGCAUUUCUGGCAUGACCUGCACUGGGUGCGAAACAAAACUCAGACGAACUCUGGCCACGAUGAACGCAGUCAAAAACCUGAAGACUAGCUUGGUGUUGGCUCGAGCCGAAUUCGACUUGAACAUUGGCGCCGGCUCGGUGGAUGAAGUCAUCAAACAUCUCGAACGUACAACUGAGUUCAAAUGCGAAAAGAUCACCACGCAGGGUGCUGCCAGUGUUGACAUCGUCUGCCCUGGCGAUCCCCAAGAUUUCAUCAAUCAUCCAUGGCCCAAUGGUGUCACGGACAUUCGGGUCAUAGACAAGGCCAUUGUUCAUGUUGAAUUUGACGCGAAGGUCGUCGGAGCCCGUGAUCUGGUCGAAACAGGCUGGGGAACGCCUGUUACGCUGGCGCCACUUCGAGCGGAUCCUUCGUUGGAGGCUGGAAGCAAGCACAUUCGCAACAUGGGAUGCAUAACUUUGCUUUCAACUAUCCUGACGAUUCCCGUUCUCAUAAUGGCCUGGGCACCUCUUCCAAAAAGAGAAAUAGCAUAUGGCUCGGCAUCGCUAGCCUUGGCGACGAUUGUACAAGUCGUAAUUGCUGGGCCAUUCUAUCCAAAAGCUUUGAAGAGCUUGAUCUUUUCACGAGUUAUUGAGAUGGAUCUAUUGAUUGUGCUAAGCACAAGUGCCGCUUACAUCUUCUCCGUUGUGUCAUUUGGGUUUCUUGUCUCUCAGAAGCCUCUUUCGACUGGGGAGUUUUUCGAAACGAGUACCCUUCUUGUAACGCUCAUUAUGGUUGGUAGGUAUGUGAGCGCUCUAGCGCGACAAAGAGCCGUCGAGUCUAUCUCGAUACGAUCUCUUCAGAUCUCGACGGCUCUGAUUGUUAAUUCAGUUGGUGAGGAUGAGGAGAUUGACGCCCGUCUCCUCCAGUACGGAGACAUCUUCAAGGUCGUCCCUGAUUCCAGAAUCCCUACCGAUGGGACAGUUAUCUCAGGUUUCUCGCAAGUUGAUGAGUCAAUGAUGACUGGGGAGUCAGGACGCAUCGAAAAGUCCACCGGAUCCUCAGUCAUUGCUGGCACUGUAAACGGCUUUGGCUCUCUUACCGUUCGUCUGAAUAGACUUCCUGGCAAUAACACCAUCAGCAAUAUCGCCGGAAUGGUCGACGAGGCUAAGCUUUCUAAGCCAAAGAUCCAGGACAUUGCCGAUAGAGUCGCUUCAUACUUCGUACCGGUAGUUAUGGCCAUCACCAUCAUCACUUUCUCGAUUUGGAUUGCUGUUGGCAUUGCGGUCCGCAAGCAGGGUGGCUCUGAAGCAACUAUCCAGGCGGUAACAUACGCCAUCACCGUCCUCAUUGUAUCUUGCCCAUGCGCUAUAGGCCUCGCAGUACCCAUGGUCAUUUUAAUCGCGAGUGGUGCAGCUGCCGAAAAGGGUAUCGUCUUCAAAUCUGCGGACAGCAUUGAGCUUGCCUAUAAGACUUCGCACGUUGUCUUUGACAAAACCGGAACCCUUACAACUGGAAAUCUCAGAGUUGCGCACGAGACAUACUUUACAAAAGAUCAAGAGGCCAUCAGAUCGGUGCUUCUCGGCCUCGUUGGCACCAUCAAACACCCAGUCUCUGUUGCCAUUUUCACUCAUCUAAAAGCACACGUUGCUACACCUACAGCUGUUACGGAUCUGAAGGCCCUAACGGGCAAGGGUGUUGAGGCGAAACUCGACGGAGCCACUCUUCGAGCUGGCAACUCGCGUUGGCUUGGUCUCUCUAACGACCCCAGGGUUCAAUCAGUCCUAUCCAAGAGCUACACAGCCUUCUGCUUUACUGUGGACAACUCCUUGGUUGCUGUCUUUGGCCUCGAAGACUCUAUCCGCACAGAUGCUCUUGAAACAAUUUCCAAUCUCCAGGCUUCCGGCAUUUCUGUUCACAUCCUCUCAGGGGAUGAUGAUGGUGCCGUUCGAACAGUGGCUUCACGAUUGGGCAUCUCAGAUCUAAACGUUCGUUCCCGAUGCACCCCUGGCGACAAGCAAGAGUACAUCCAGAACCUACUGUCGCAACCUUUGUCCGACGCCCGCCGAUUCAGAGCGAAGAAGCCGAAAGAGCCAGUCAUCAUCUUCUGUGGCGAUGGAACUAACGAUGCAGUUGCACUGGCACAGGCCACCAUUGGCGUGCACAUGAACGAGGGGACCGACGUCGCAAAGUCCGCCGCGGACGUCGUUCUCAUGCGUCCGAGCCUUGCGGGGAUUCUCACCAUCAUUGCCAUUAGCAAGAAAGCUAUCCACAGGAUUGCCUUCAACUUUGGCUGGAGCUUCGUAUACAACGUGUUUGCUAUUCUCCUCGGCGCUGGCGCGUUUGUCAACGCCAGGAUUCCGCCCGAAUUUGCGGGCUUGGCCCUCUAUCGUUACAUGCCAGACCCAGGUGGGGGAUCCGCUCCGGAGAGGGCGUGUGAUGCUCACAGGCGGGCGCCUGAGGAUGUGCGUCGGGGCAUAUUCAACAUUUGCCACAAGAAUAGUCGCUCUUUGCUUUUGGAUGCUUGGAACUUGUUUUUCAUUGGUUUGUGGUUUCUUGGUAUCGCAAAAGGCACGGCUCCGUGUGCCCCAUCGCAGUCUCUGAAUCUCAGCUCUCAGAUCUUACCUUCAACUGACAUGUCUCUCAUUCUUUCUGCCUCACCUAUCGCGAUCAACGAUGGGCAGCAAGACACUUCUCCACCCUUGAUAGAUAAGGUACCACAGGUCAUCUUUGUGAACAUGAAUCUUCCACCGCCAAGUUUGAGGUAUCUGCCUCUCGACGCCUUCGUGCCCGAGGCUGUCCAUGCUUUGGGGAUACACCUAAUUCAAGAGUACUCGGGCGAAUCAAGGGAUCAAGGCGGUCAACUUGACAAGAUGUUUGUACUUCUGACGGCAGAUAUCCUCCCAGUGACGUCUGAUCUAGACGCUAGAUUGGUUUAG